AUGGCUGAAGAAAAUAUCCACAAGCAAGAGUUUACGGUCCGCAACCUGCAAACCCGUAACGUGACUUUCUACCCGACUAGAGCGCACAUAGUUCGAGACAUAAAUGACAUUACUCUGAAGCCAGGUGCGAAUGAAAUAACCAUUUUGGGGCUCACGCCUACGGCAGACGAAACCUCGAUCAAGGUCGAUGGCAAAGGCUCAGCCACCAUCACAGACAUGAUGGUCGAGCUCAUACCAAAUCCAGACAUUUAUGAGAAUGUUUACCCAGAGUCUGAAGACGAUGUCGAAGAGUCGGAAGACGACCAGAGUGAAUCAGAACCCGAGUCAGAUGCCACCAAAGCUCUAGCAGAUGAAAAGAGACGGAAUGAUGGAUCUGUCAUGGAAGCUAACGAGGAGAAGAAAGCCGCUGCGAGCCGCUUAGCGAUGCUGGAGAGUUACGGGCGAAGUUUCGAGAAAGACCGACCCAACGACCUUAAAGGCUGCAUCUCUGCCUAUCGUGAAGAGCGCAAGAAGGCGUUCGAGGUUCACAAAGAGAGCGAAGACAAGAUCAAGUCUUUGGAGAAAGAACGGUUCAAUAUACUCAAGCGGCAGGUCAAAGAUUCAAAGGCCACCGUGAAGGAGAAGGGGAAGGCCUCUAAAGAGAAGUCCAAGAAGCUUGAAAAGAAGCAGAAGCUACUUCAAGAGAAGUCGAAUGCGAAACGCAGCCUGAAGGAGGAGCGAGUCCAAUUCUGGCCUCGACGCGUCUACCGAGUCACUCUGAGUCUUGACACCAAUUCCGAGUUGACCCCUGCAUCCUCACGCCGAGGAUCAAUUGACAACCUCACAAAACCCACGUUGGAAUCACCAUCCUCGGAUUCCUGCCAGAUCUCUCUAUCCGUCUCUUACAUCACGAACUCGGCAUAUUGGUCUCCGAGAUACGACUUGUCCUUGGAUACUGUUGCCAGCUCUGGUCUCAUCAUAUAUCGCGCUGAAUUCUGCAACACCACCUCCGAGACAUGGAAAGAUGCGCAGGUUAUUCUAUCUACAUCUCAAACUGCAUUCCAAGGACUUGGAGAGCCAAUACCAACCAUGCUUCCUUGGCAUAUACGGCUUAGUAAAGGGCUUUCAAGGACAGCCGAUGGCACCAAUGGCGCUCUAAUGAGCGUCUACGAAAUGGAAAACAGGCGCAAAGGCCCAAUGAACGUGGCUAGCAGAUCUAUCGAGCCUCGCAAUGUACUUUUUGGAUUAAGCGGAGUGUCUUUUGCCCCUCAACAAGCCGCUUUCAAGGGUCAGCAACAGGCCAUGCAGAAUGUGCAGAGGCAACAACAAAUGCAGCAGCAAUACGUGCAACAACAGCAAAUGCAGCAAGCGCAAGUCCAAGCAGGUUUUGGCCAAGCCGCUCAGCAGCAGAGUGCGUCUGCCGGUCUCUUCGGCAGCAGUAAUGCGACAUCAAACGUGGCCAGCUCCAACUCAGCGCUCUUUGGCUCGUCAAGCGCAGGAAUUCCAUCUUCGGAACGUAAUGAUGCCCUACAGGAUAACCAGAUGCAGAUGAUGCUGUUGGAGCAACAAAACAAAAAGCGCAUGCUCAUGGCUCGACAAGAACAAGAUACCGUACGUGGAGCCGUCGGCUAUGGCGAAGGUCUUGACGACGGUAACGCCGAGACCAUUAUACCAGACUUACCUACUCUUGGCACCCAGGAAUCCGAAUGGACUGAAUCUGGGUUGACUACCGCCUACGGAAUACCAGGAUUGCGCACGGUCGCACCUAGCUUUACCACACGUCGCCACAAGAUCGCGUCGGUACAUCUCAAAGACGUCCAUCUGUCUUAUGUCCUCGUCCCAAAACUUCGAGUAGCAGCCUUCUUAAAGGCCCGUCUCCGUAACACCUCAUCCGUUGCACUCCUCAAAGGACCAGCUGGGCUUACGCUGGACGGCUCGUUCCUCGGCAACACGAACCUGCCUCGCUGCAGCGCUGGCGAACACUUCCAUCUCAGCCUAGGUGUCGAUCCCAGCGUCAACGUGACCUAUUCCAAACCGGUUGUCAAAAGAUCACAAACUGGCGUUUUCAAUUUCACCAAAGAAGGCAGUGGCGUCUACACGCGGACUUGCACGAUUACUAACACUAAAUCCAAUCGCGCAAUCGAGGGCACAGUGCUCGAUCAAAUUCCUGUGAGCGAGGAAGACCGUCUAAGAGUGGAAGUUCUCCAGCCUCUCGGCCUAAAAACAGAGGGCGAUGCGGUGAAGACUGGUACUGGCGUUGUAGGGAAAGGGAAGGAGACUUGGGGAAGGGCGACCGCGGUGUUGAAGAAGGGUGGAGAGGUGGCUUGGGAAGUCAAAAUUGAACCGGGACGGGGAGCAAAAUUAGUCCUGGAGUACGAGGCCAAGUUCCCAAGCGCCGAGACGGUCGUUUGUGUCUGA